CCAGCGUCAGCCCCGCCCCCUCGCCGCGGACCCUCCGCUUCCUAUUUACUCGGUAGCUCCGGCUUCCCGUCACUUCGCUUUCUGACUGGAGCUUGAGGACGCUAGGAGGGUCUGUCACUAGGAGACUUCAGGCUGUAAACACUGCCAUGGCCCCUGUGCUUAGCAAGGACUCGGCGGACAUCGAGAGUAUCCUGGCUCUAAAUCCUCGAACACAAACUCAUGCAGCGCUGCGUUCCACUUCAGCCAAGAAAGUAGACAAGAAACAUUGGAAAAGAAAUACUGAUAAAAACUGCUCUAAAUGCGAGAAGCUGGAGAAUAAUUUUGAUGACAUCAAGCACACGACUCUUGGUGAGCGAGGAGCUCUCCGAGAAGCAAUGAGGUGCCUGAAAUGUGCUGAUGCCCCCUGUCAGAAGAGCUGUCCAACUAAUCUAGAUAUCAAAUCAUUCAUCACAAGUAUUGCAAACAAGAACUAUUAUGGAGCUGCUAAGAUGAUUUUUUCUGACAACCCACUUGGUCUGACCUGUGGAAUGGUAUGUCCAACCUCUGAUCUUUGUGUGGGUGGAUGCAAUUUAUAUGCCACUGAAGAGGGACCAAUUAAUAUUGGUGGAUUGCAGCAGUUUGCCACUGAGGUUUUCAAAACAAUGAAUAUCACACAAAUUCGAGAUCCUUCUCUGCCUCACCCCGAAAACAUGCCUGAAGCCUAUUCUGCAAAAAUUGCUCUUUUUGGUGCUGGGCCUGCAAGUAUAAGUUGUGCUUCCUUUUUGGCUCGAUUAGGCUACUCUGACAUCACUAUCUUUGAAAAACAAGAAUAUGUCGGUGGUUUAAGUACUUCUGAAAUCCCUCAGUUCCGGCUACCAUAUGAUGCAGUGCAUUUUGAGAUUGAGCUUAUGAAGGACCUUGGUGUAAAGAUAAUUUGUGGCAAAAGCCUGUCAGUGAAUGAAAUGACUCUUAGUACUUUGAAAGAAGAAGGGUACAAAGCUGCUUUCAUUGGAAUAGGUUUGCCAGACCCCAAUAAAAACCACAUCUUCAAAGACCUGACACAGGACAAUGGAUUUUACACAUCCAAAGACUUUUUGCCACUUGUAGCCAAAAGCAGUAAAGCAGGGAUGUGCGCCUGUCACUCUCCAUUGCCGUCGAUACGGGGAGUCGUGAUUGUACUCGGAGCUGGAGACACUGCUUUUGACUGUGCAACAUCCGCUUUAUGUUGCGGAGCCCGCCGCGUGUUCAUCGUCUUCAGAAAAGGCUUUGUUAAUAUAAGAGCUGUCCCCGAGGAGGUGGAGCUUGCUAAGGAAAAAAGGUGUGAAUUUUUGCCUUUCCUGUCCCCACGGAAGGUUAUAGUAAAAGGAGGGAGAAUUGUUGCUAUGCAGUUUGUUCGGACAGAGCAAGAUGAAAUGGGAAACUGGAAUGAACAUGAAGAUGAGCUAGUCCAUCUGAGAGCCGAUGUGGUCAUCAGUGCCUUUGGUUCAGUUCUGAGUGAUCCUACAGUAAAAGAAGCCUUGAGCCCUCUAAAAUUUAACAGAUGGAAUCUCCCAGAAGUAGAUCCAGAAACUAUGCAAACCAGUGAACCAUGGGUGUUCGCAGGUGGUGAUAUUGUUGGUGUGGCUAACACUACAGUGGAAUCAGUGAAUGAUGGAAAGCAGGCUUCUUGGUACAUUCACAAAUAUAUACAGUCACAAUAUGGAGCUUCUGUUUCUGCCAAGCCUGAACUGCCCCUCUUUUACACCCCUAUUGAUCUGGUGGACAUUAGUGUGGAAAUGGCUGGACUGAAGUUUAUAAAUCCUUUUGGUCUUGCUAGUGCAACUCCAGCUACCAGUACAUCAAUGAUUCGAAGAGCUUUUGAAGCUGGAUGGGGUUUUGCCCUGACCAAAACUUUCUCUCUUGAUAAGAAAGUGUGGUUAUCGGGAGAGGCUGACCCACUUCCAUUGGAGGCAUGACAUAAGAGCAAGUCUGAAAAUUGGCUUUGGAGUGUGGAGGUAUAGGCAACCUCUGGAGAAUAGCCAGUUUAUUUGGGUUCCUGGACUGUGAGAGAAAAUGUUAUAAGGUGGCAUAUAUUCAAAGAGUAGUCUCUUACUGCUUGGCAAUUUAUGUACUUCAAGGAUAUAAAUAAAUGUUCUAAGCUAAAUUUUGAGCAUGACAUACUGAAUUAAUGCCUGGGAGAAACAUGUAAUAUACUCUAGAUAGCAAGGAUAAGGACUGUUAAUUACUCUAGGAGUCUGAAUCAGGUGUUCUUCCCUGUUCUCUGCUCUCCUACUUGGUGUUUUUAUCAUUCUGGAUCCAAAUGCACAGAUUGUGUGACUUAAAAAGAUUUACCUUAGCUCUUGCUCUAGCCUAAGAGCUCCCAUAUGUAGAUGAGGAGAGUUAGUCUGAAUUAAAGUUCAUAUAGAUGGUGAUUGGACACUUUCAUACCAUGUACUUGGCACUCUUAAUAUUAUAUUGUUACAGUAUUUUAUAGUCACUGUAGUUCUCUGUUCAUUUUUAUGGUUCCUGUAGUAUAGAACAAUGAAGGACUCUGUCCUUACUCUCAGAGGACCUUGAAAUCUUGUGGUAACAUGCACCGGGAGCCAACUCACAUACUUUGUAAAACAUGUAGGAGAGGAAGAAACAAGAGCUGUAAAAAUCCAUAGGCGGCACCAGACCAAGCUGGAGAUAAGGGCUGUCACUGGAAAAUAGAUGAGUCUAAGAGGAGUCCUGAACAGUGCCUGUCAGAAGAGGAGGGACACAGUGUGACUGAGUAGCAUGUGCAAAGUCAAGCAGAGAGAGAAGCCCAGUAUAAGUGGGAGUUUAGUUUCACUAGAAAGAUGAUGUAAUGAGAAUAGGGAAAGUUAGACUAGAACCAGAUAAUAAAGAGCUUUGUUUGUAGUUUGAGAAGAGUUUAGACUUUAUCUUCAAGGAUGACAAAUGGAUGUUAUGCCAAGAAUGACAAGACAGGAUUGGAUAUGGAUUUUAGAAAGGUUUCUCUGAUAGUAGUGUAUAAAGUGUUUAGAAAAUAGCUAUGCAAGAGUGGGAGAAGAUGCAUAUAUUCAUCCCACAAGUAUUUCACAACAAAUGACUCUAUGUCUACACACUGUUCUUGGUCCCUGAGGAUAGAGUGGUGAGGAACUUGGCAAAGCCCUAACUUCAUGGCGUGUACAGAUGCAAUAUACUAGGGAAGAAAUGGUUGAGGCUAGAGUAAAGUGGACCUGUUUAAAACAUUUAAAGGAGAUUAAAGUAGCAGCUUUGUGUCUGGGGAGGGAAAAGGCAAGAAUGGCUCCAGGAUCUCUGACUUGGCAGCUGUUUGUGGUUGGUCCAUUCACAAAGGAGGUGAAUAUAGGAGGAGAAAAACAUGGCUUUUGUGUCCUGUGCCACUCGCUGAAGCAGAACUUUUCAAUAUCGAAAGAAAACUGUCAAUGGGUACUUUUAUUCUCCCACUAUAAUUACUUCAAAUAUUUGGAAGGAAAAGGUCACUCUAAUAGAGGAACUGCAGUUAUUAAAAUUGAACUGAAAAUGUUAAUAAUUUCUCAGAUGAGAUAGAAGUACUAAUGUAGAGUUCUAAAGUUUGAACUCAAUUUAAUUAUUCUAAAAUUAGAUCUAAAACUAACAUCUAAAGGGGAAAAGUUAACAGAACAGGAUGUUAAAUCAAUAUGAUUAAUUAACUUGAUAUAAAUAACUUGAGUAUUGCUCUGUUUAUCUGUAAAUCAUUUAUCAUGAUACCAGCUGUAAAAGAAAAUCUUAAUAAUAAUGAUAAUGAUGUGUGUCAUCCUCCCACUCAGCAGAGGUGUUCUGACAAAUUGUUAACAAACUGUCUUACAGUACUUCACAGAUUCAAAUGCUAAUGUAAUAACAACAUAAUCAAUAAUAAUAAAAUCAACAAUGGAACAAAUAAUUUUGAUGCAGCUUCUUAGAAAGGCAAAUUUAUUAAAACUUUGAAUUCACAUGUGAACUCUCUCUCUUUCGAUCUCUCCUCCCUUCCUCCCCUUCUCCCUGCCUCCUUCUGUCCCUUCCCUCUCCCUCUUCCUCUCCCUUUCUCUUUCUUUCUCCCUCCCCUUCUUUCUCAAAGGGCAUAUUGAUCAUUUCCAUAGAAUCCAUUAGCAAAUCCAGAACCAUACUUAAAUAUGUAUGUUCUGUCCCCACACUGACUUUCAUUCUUCAAGGCCUCAUUUGUCCUCACUUAGAACAUCACUUGGACCUCUUAAAAGGUCUGAUUUCCCUGGUGUCUCCUGACAGAUAUCAAUGUACUUAUUUGCAACCAAACUUACCUCCCUAAAGUAUAUGUGGACAUGUCUCUCUGCUUUCUACCCAUAGGAGAAAAUUCACACUCCUUAGUGGGUCAUACAAGGCCCUCUUGUUGCAACCCAGUAUUUUCUUAGCCUUAUUUCAUCUAUGCCUUUUCACAAAAAGGUUUAAGAAACAGAAGGCUAAGAUUUUCAAAAUAUAAGUGCCCCCUUUGUAGCCUUAUAUAAUGUCUCAGACCCCACAUGUUCUUUUUAUUAUCUGGUCUACAGACCAUGCUUGUACACAUGGAGUUGGAGACCGCUCACUGUUCAAGAAAAACCGACUUGAGGGUGCCCUGCAUGUUCCCUGAAGAUGCUCGAUUCUGCCUUCCAAUAGCACUUGUUUAUGCAGUGUGCUCCUAUCUGAAGAGCCCGCCCAAUAUCUGGCCUACAGGACACUUAAUUUGCCCUCAGGAGCCAGUUUAGGCGUGACUCUCCUUGGAGACUUUCUCUUCCCUUAAAACUGUGUCCCCAUCAACCUUUGGAAGAACUUCCUGCUGUCAUAGGAAGAAGACAAAAAUUGCAACUCUGCCACUAACAUGUUGUGUAGCCUUCUUAAAGAGGAUGGGCAAGCCUACUCUCAGCUCCUUUCUGUUCUAUAUUCUGUUCUACAUGUUUAGAAUAUCUUUGUUUUUCUUUAGAGUUAUUUGAGCAGUGUCCAUCUUCCUCUGAGAAACUAGCAUUGGGUAUUUAUGGUACAUAUAUUACAUAUCAGGCAUUCUGAAACCCGCAUAAUGUACAUUUUCUCUUUCACUACUAGCAACUUGCUAUGUUAGAUGUCAUAAUCCCCACUGCAUGGAUAAACUGAGGCUUAACAAAUUCUGAAUCCCCUUGCUUUUUAUGUCCCUGUAGUCAUCAGUCAUAGUUCAGUGCCACAAACACAGCAGCCAUUCAGCAAAGGCUGAAUUCCUCUCUUCUAUUUCAUAUUAGGAUUUUUCAUUCUUCCAGAUGGAAAUGUGAUGUGAUUUAUCAUAUGACAGAAACCGAUCAGUAGUGUUCUUUUGCCACCAUUUGGCUGCAGGUUGAAUUUAAGUUGCUACAGGUUUUUUAGGAACGAAAAUGAGAAUCUUGUUAAAAGAUUUACUGUGGGCCUCUUAAAACCACCUUAUUUUAUGGGUCAAGAUUUCUCCCUCCUAAGUCCACAGCUCUUGGGAUCGUGUUUGACUGUUCAUUAAUAAUCAUUGUUUUGUUGGCUUUAUUUCCCUGGCCUGUGUUCCAGUAAGAAUGUCUCAUAUUCCAUGAAUGACACUUACAUGUUUUUGAACAAAAGUGAUUUUACUUCAGUAUUCACCCACUGUAUUAGUAAGAUUGUUAUGUCAGGUAGACCAGAUCCAAAUCCAGGACCCCCAUAGAGAAGGAGAUCACCCUGAACUCACACCCUGAUUUCUUAAAAAUUUUAAACACUAUAAAUAAUUUGAGAGGCAAUGAAAAAGUUUCUUCUGAAUUGAACUCCUCUGGGCCCUGGAUUUCCAUGGUUUCCUUUACUACUCGUAUUUUAGUACAGUGGUAUGAAUAUGAAAAUCGUUGGUACCAGGGGAUUAUCUUCUCCCCAGUGUUCUGUGCAAUAUUUUAAAUGUGUCCCGACAUUAUAGAUUAUGCUGAAAUAAUACAGCCUACUUGGUAUUACAUUCUGUAUUCAUAUUUACUAUAAAAUGUCUCACUACAGCACAUUCCUUAACUUCCUAUAGAGAAGGAUGUAAUGUACAACAGAGAAGUGCAUUUUUUAGAAACACUGAAAUGAAAGUUGUUGAUUUUAAAAGACAUUUUGUCACAGAUGAGUGAGGGAGAAAGAGAUCAAACCAGCAGGUCUAGCCAAUCCAAGGUUUCAUUCAUGCAUCUCUUCUGCUUAGUGCUUUCCCCUUUGGUAUCAUUAGCAUUUUCAUUUCGAAAAAUGACAGUCUGCCGUGGAAGCAGUAAAAAUGUUCAACCUGUGGUUUAAAUUAUUGAUUUUUUAGAAUAUUGAAGCAGUAUUUCAAAUGGAUUUUGUUAGAGAUACUUCUGGGUGGAGGGUUUCAAAGGUAAUUUGAUAUCCAAAAGCCUGUAUAUUUCAAAGACUUUCCAUUCUUUGAAUUUCUUUAGAGUCUGGUUGAUUGGAUAAAAAUGUUUAUUGUCUUCAGGAUUAUAAGUAGCAGAUCAUUGCUGCUUGAACUUGAAACAUAUAUCCGCAGACUAUGUUCUUCAUGAUUUAUGGUAUAUGUUCAGUCUGUGAUCAAGUGGCAAAAUAAAUCUUCAUUUGGAAACAAAAGCUGAUCUUAAAAUGAAGGAAAACAUGCUAUGAUUUACAUGCAUAGAAGGUCAAUAGUCCAAUUGAUAGCUAAUUUAUUGUAAUAAAGCAUGCAAGGAAGGUGUGGUUCUAUAAGAAUGGAUUUUAAUGAAGCUCCUCAAAUUAUAUUAUGCUAAUAAGGGAGUAGAGUGUGGCUGCAGCGAUUUUCCUUAAAAUCUUUUUAAGUCUCUCACCACAGUCAACACUCACAUAUGAACAGAAAAUGUUUUGACAAGGAGCAGGAUUACUGACUGCUGUGUGUAUGCUGUGCAGGUAGUUUGCUAUUCGCAGCAUGUUUCUACUUAUGGAAAAAAGCUACUUAAAAAAAUUACAUUAUAUCAAAAUGACUUGAUCUGCAAUCAUUCUACAAGUCGAAGCCUUGUUGAAGUCAAUGAGGGCUUGGAGUGCAAAUUUAGGACUGUAUCGAGCUUAAUACGUGGAGAAUUGCAUGAUAUCUUGUGAUGUCAAGUAUCACACAGCAAUGGGAUGUCACAAAUUUGAAAUAAAGCCUGAUAUUCUCUCUUUGACAGGUGUCAAUGAAUUAAAAACACGGUAUCUUUUUGAGGCAUUGGGACAUAAAGGGGAAAUAUGCUACUAAAUAUAUGAGAUGUAUCCAUAAUGAUAUGUCCAUAAACAUGUAUGAUUAAACCAGUUUGAAAAUGCCUUCCCAGUGGAAGUACUACCUUGAAAGUUGGUUGGAGAAUAUGCUAAUGUUGCUACUUUCUGGGGAUGGGGGUGUGGGGGUGGGCAGAAAUGCUUAAUCUGCGGGUGUAAAAGCCUGAGAUCAAAUCCUUUUGUAGAACUUCCUUCUUCUAAAAACUGUAUACAGAGGAAAAUAUGACUGAAAUAAUUUAUAUGUUAUUAUGACAUAGAUCAUCUGAUUUAAUCUUCAAGACAGCACUUAGAAAUAAAGAUUUUAUAUCUUUUCAUAUUGUUUCAUUAUAUCAGAAUUAAGGAAACAGACUCCCAGAAAACUAAGUAGAUUACUCAGGGUCACAUGACUAUUAAAUAGGGAAGCCAGUGUUCUUGCUUGGGUUUAUAUAACUCCAAAAGCAAUGCUUUUCUACUGCAUAAUACCUGUCUGUCUUUAUUCUUUAAAAAUGGCAUCAAAAGCCGUUAAAAAAGAAAAUCAAGACACAGAAGAGCAGUGAGCCCUAUAGUGACACAGUAUAUGUGGUAUUUAGGUCUUGUUUGUUUGUUUGUUUCAGGGGUAAAGCCACUUGUGUCUGCUCCCUUUUCCCAUUCAUUUGGUGUUUACCUAAUUGAAAACAAUUCCUGUGUGUUUAAGUCUCAGAUACUGUAGGUGAAUUAACUCACUAAAUCUCCACAACAAUCCUAUUAAUAUUAGUCUCAUGCAGUAGAUGAGGACAUGAGACACUGAAAGGUUGCUCUAGAGAAACUAUUAAUAAGUAAGCGGUAAAGCAGAUGAAAUAUCUACCGUAAGGAAUUGUUGUGCAUAGUCAAUGAGGUAGUGAAGGGCACUUACAAUUAUCAAUACUUUAUAGGAAGGAAACUGAGUCACAGAAGGGUUAGUGACUUGCCCAACCAAUAUCACACAGUGGUCAAUUUGGCAUGAUGGAUGAAGUACUAGAUAUACUUCUUGGUAUCUAGUAAGUUACUAAGGUACAUGUUAAGAGCAAGAAUCAAAUACUUCUUGAAUGAUGAACUACUCAAUACAGCCCAGUUGUGCAACUUGGUAGGGAAUUUUGUGCAAGUUAUUCAAAUCUAAGUUGUAGUCUCUAUUUGUAAAGUUGUUGUAAUAAAAUGUCAAUUAACUGUAAUUUAGUGAGUUUGCCCAUGUGCAGGUACUCUCAUAACGUGUGAUACAAGUAAAAUCUAAGCAAGUGUUUAGGGCAUAGUAAGUGCUCAACAAAGGCUAACAUUAUUAAUGUAUUCUGUCAUCAUCAUUAUAGUAAGAGAGAGUUAACUAGCACAUGAGGCUCAGGUCAAGACUUGUGAUAUAUCUGGAGUAAAUUUUACUCUAUGUGGUUGUCAAGGGGACAGAGUGUUCCUGGAUAGUCUCACUAUUGCCGAAUCAGCAUUUCUCUACCUUUGUUGUGCUGAAUUCAUCAAGGUUUUAGAACUUGACUUCUGCCAUGAUUUCAGGAAAAGAACAUGAACCCACAUCUCAAGCCCAGUAUACUUCAUAUAGCAUAUGCCAAAAACUAAUUAGUUCCUUGAAAAUACAUUUCUUCCUCACAAUUACUUCUAAAAAUAGGGUUCCUGAUUUCAGUGAAUAUAAGUAGUUUAACAAAGCUAUAGAUUGUCUCUUCAGCUAAGUUUUAGGUGCUUAAACAGUAGUAUCAUUCAGUCACAGCCACAGUUUUCAGACU